AUGGCAGGUCCAGAAGAUGGGUACUUCAAUGACUUAUCUCAGCAACCUCCGGCACAGAACACAUCGCAGUCCCAAGCCGGUCCUGCUGCUGGCAGUACUUCCCAGAACGAAGAUGACAACAGCUACGUCCCUCGACCGAAGCGCAUUGCCUGUGUCGUCUGCAGGAAGAGAAAGCUGAGAUGCGACGGAAAGAAACCCAGUUGUGGUACUUGCUCCCGACUGGGGCACAAUUGUGCAUAUGACGAGGUAGAGACUCUCUUGAGAAAUCAGGAGAGAGAAGCAUCGCGGAACCCGACCACGCAACAACCACAACAGCCCGAACAGAACAACACCUAUACGACCCCUAUACCAAGUGAUCCAUUUCAAGGAAUCCCAGAUCUCUCGUCGCUAUCAAACAAUCUCAAUAGCCACAAUGCACCACUUGGCGCAAGUUUCGAACAGACGCAGCAGAGCCAAGCAGGGUUUCCUGCUACUGAUCUGGGGCUGGAUGGAGACUUCUCCUGGGAGAUGAUCAGUCUCGGGUUAGAGGAGCCAUUACCACCCAAAGAUGUUACAGAUGAACUGAACGACAUAUAUUUCAAAAAGAUCCAUCCUUCGAUUCCAAUGAUACAUCGCCCACGAUAUUACGCUGCUAUGGACUUAGCUCCCAAUAUGCGUCCUCCGGUAUGCCUGCGCUACAUCAUGUGGUGUUUGGCAGCCUCGAUCACCCCCAAGUAUUCUUUCCUGCAGGAACAUUUCUAUGCGCGCGCGCGCAAAUACAUCGAGAUGGAUGAAAUGAAGGGCCAUGGAGAGAAUAUAGUCAGCGUUGCACACUGUCAAUGCUGGCUUCUUAUUGCGUUGUAUGAGUUCAAGCAGAUGUUCUUUCCCCGAGCGUGGAUAAGCACCGGAAGAGCGGGGAGGCUUGCGUCAAUGAUGAGUCUGAACCGGCUGGACGGCGUGGGUCUCGAUGUAAAACAGUCUAUCCCACCGCCUCGAGACUGGACUGAAAGGGAAGAACGAAGACGCACGUUCUGGAUGGCUUUUUGUGAGGAUCGAUAUGCCAGCAUUGGGACGGGCUGGCCGAUGACUUUCGACGAGAGAGAUAUCAUGACAAAUUUACCCUCCAGCGAGGAAGCAUUCAUCUCCGGCAAACCUGAGCAGACUAUGACACUGUCUGAAGUCAUGGCGGGUGAAGGAAUUCAAUCGUUGUCGCCUUUAGCUGGCGUGGUUAUGAUGGCAUGCCUCUUCGGACGGAAUCUUAUGCACUUGCAUCGGCCUGAUCCCCAGGACAAAGAACACGAUCUCAAUGGCGAGUUCUGGAAACGUCAUCGAGCUUACGAUAAUAUCCUCCUCAACAUCUCUCUGUCGUUACCAAGUCAUCUUCGAUUGCCAAACGGGAUUGGGGACCCCAACACAGUCUUCUGCAACAUGAGCAUCCAUACAUCAACAAUCUGCUUGCAUCAGGCGGCCAUAUUCAAGGCGGAAAAGAAUCGAAUACAAAAUCAGAUCGCCGCGGAAAGCAAAAGGAGGUGUAUCAUUGCAGCGGACCAGAUCGCCAGCAUAAUGAAAAUGGUCAGCCAUACGGAUCUGUCAGUGAUGAACCCUUUCAGCGCCUUCUGUCUUUACGUUGCCGCUCGUGUUUUUGUGCAAUAUCUCAAGUCUCGUCCCGAGGACCAGACUGUUCGAUCGUCUCUCCAGUUUCUUCUUACUGCUCUGAACGCCCUUAAGUCCUACAGCACGCUAACUGAAUCGUUUCUGAUUCAAUUGGAUGUUGAUCUGUCUGGCACGGAUCUUGCGGCGGAUUUUGCCAAGAGUCUCAACCCAUGUCGGGACAAACGAAUGCAGCAGUCGAGUGGUGUCGGGACCGAGAAUCCGUUACAGGGCACGAAUGCUCUCAACAUCACGGGAUCGCCCUACAGCCAGGGAGGUUCGCAGACCUUUGGUUCCCUUCCUAGCCGGCAGAAACAAUCGGAAAGCCAGCGCUCCAGUUCGAAUAGUGGUCACAGCAGAGCAUGUUGUCACCCACAAGGGCUCAAUUCAUCGUCUGGCAAUCCAAGUCCGCGCACCGACGAAAAUGGACUAUGGACAGGUCUAGACAUGGAUAUUUCGCCUGACAUCAGUGCUGGUGAUCAGCAGGUUUCAGGGUCGGACAAGGCCUCGCCGGCGACAAUGAACUCGUCAUCGAAUACAACUUUCACGCCACCAGCUCCAGAUAGGCCGUUCCCGCACACGCAGUCGCAACACACUAACACGGGUGAUUCCCAUCAGCAUCCCUCUAAACCAGUUACAAAUGCAAACCUAGCGCUCUUUUCUCAGACUCCUGACGACCUUCCUGCUG